AUGCGGUUCUGCCGCACCAUUGUCUUGACUGCCUCUGUCCUAGGCUCGCUGGUUUCAGCCCAGGAUGGUACUUCCAAGAAGUUUGAGUACCAGGUAGGUUGCAUACAUGUUACCGUGGUCACCUGGUCUAUCGUCAUUAAUUCGCUGUACAGUCACAAGGAAGUGUUCCUGCGCGAGCUCAUUUCCAAUGCAAACGACGCUUUGGAGAAGCUUCGUCUCAUCAGCUUGACGGACAAGUCUUACCAAAUCCCAGACUCGCCUCUCAAUAUCACGAUCAAGCUCGUUGGUACCCUCGCCAAGUCUGGUACAAGCGAGUUCCUUAACAAGGCGGAAAAGGAUACUAGCGGAAACCUGAUUGGCCAGUUCGGUCUUGGUUUCUAUUCUAGCUUCCUCGUCGCCGACAAAGUUCAGGUUGACGCUGUUAUUACUGACACCGGUAUUGGUAUGACUGCUGAUGACUCGCCAAAAACCUUGCUUCCUCGUCGCCGACAAAGUUCAGGUUGCCUCUCUCCACCUGUCUCCAAGGCAAACCCAGAUCCACUCCAACACAUCUUUACAAGUGGAUCGGAUGAUAGCAACUUUGAAAUCUCUGUUGACCCUCGCGGAAACUCGCUCGGCCAUUCUGGAACCGAAAUUACUAUGUACUUGAAGGAUGAGGCAUUGGAAUUCUUAGACGAGCAACGUCUGAACCGAGUCGACUUCCACAUCGCCGCCGAGCCUGAAAAGACCAAGGAAGCCGAGACCGAUGAGGACGAAGCUAUCAUUGAGGAUGUCAAGGAAGAUGACGAGAAGAAAGAAGAACCUGCAUCUCCUCCUACUCCCAUGAAGAACGUUACGACCGAGGAAUGGCAAUACUCAUCGUCUUUCAGGGAACCAAAAGAUGUAACCAAAGACGAGGUCAAUCAGUUCUUCAUGUCCACUUUCAAGGAGCACAACGGUCCUCUCGCCCACAGCAUCUACAAGGGUGACUCUGGUCCAGUUUCGUUCCGCACCAUGUUCUUCAUCCCAUCGGAUCUGAACGAGAAGUUCUGGCAAAGCGCGAAGCCCGAGUUGAACAACAUCCGUCUCAUGGUUAAGCGCGUCUUCAUUACCAGCGACCUCGGACCCAAUGCCAUGCCUAAAUGGCUCAGUUGGCUCAAGGCUAUCGUUGAUGCCGAUGACCUCCCUCUCAACGUCUCCCGUGAAACUCUCCAAUCAAACCGGUUCCUUCGUCAGAUUCCCAAUAUCCUCUGGAUCAGGGGUCUGCAGUUCCAGGACGCUGCCAAGAAGGGUCUGAAGUUCGGGGACGAGGAUGAAGAUGCCGAGGAAGAAAAGGCCCGCCAGGAGAAGCUCAAGGAGACGUUCAAGCCUCUCUUGGAGUACCUCAAGAACGAGACCUCCAACGUUGUUUUGAUCGCAAACAUGGAACGUCUUAUGGCCGCCCAGACUGGAGGAAAGAUGAAGGAGAAUGACUUUAUGCACGAUUGGGCGAAGAAGCAAAAGUUCCUUGAAAUCAACCCGAACUCCCCGCUGAUUGAAGGAAUGCUCAAGAAGGUCCAGGCUUUGAUUGACAUUGAAGAAGGAGAGGAGAGGGACAGUCAACUUGAAGAGGAACUAAAGGAAGUUGCAUCUAUUCUCGUUGACGGAGCCCUCGUCCGCUCUGGUUUCGAGGUUCCCGAUUCCAAUCUGUUCUUCACUCGUAUGGAUCGCGUCCUUCGCCGUUCUCUCGGUGUCUCUGAGACCGCCAAGGGCGACGAAACUGUUAAGCCCGCUCCUCCAGUCGAUGAUACUCCUCUCGAAGAGCCUGGUGUCCUACCGGAAGGUGCAUUUGAGGACAUCAUUGAUAAUACCGCCGACCAGAAAACCUUCCAACCCAAAGUCGAUGUCAAAGUCGACGCACUGAAUGACGAAGAAAUCGAGGAGAUGUUGAACAAGAAGGAGCAGGAGGUUAAGCGUGAUGAGUUGUGA